UCCUUGGAACUAACAGCAAGCCAUAUUGUGUUUUGUUCAUCAGUUCAGUUUGUCCGUCACAGCUGCUGCGGAGAGCUGCGGCGGAUAAAAUUGGUUAUUUCCAUAGUUUGAGGACCUGUGUCCCAGGUUAUGAUGCAAGAAAUGGACUUCAAGAAUGUCAUCUAUAAUGCAGCAAGGGAUGGCAAACUCCGACGCUUGAAGGUAUUUCUGGAUCAUCGUACCAAGGAGGAAGUGCUUAUGUUGGUAGCUGCUAAAACAAAUGGUGCAACUCCACUAGUGAUGGCAUGUCGUAAUGGCCAUUAUGAUGUAGCAGAAUACCUCAUAGAACACUGUAAAGCUGAUAUUGAACAACUAGGAUCAGUUGUCUUUGAUGGAGAUACUAUCGAAGGUGCCCCACCACUGUGGUGUGCUGCAGCAGCCGGACAUUUACCAGUGGUUCGUCUGCUAGUUCGUAAUGGGGCCAGUGUCAACAGUACUACACGCACCAAUUCCACGCCACUUCGAGCAGCUUGUUUUGAUGGGCAUUUUGAGAUUGUUAAGUUCCUUGUAGACCAUGGUGCUGAUAUUGAAGUUGCAAAUCGCCAUGGUCACACAUGCCUCAUGAUUGCCUGCUAUAAAGGACACUUCCGCAUCGCCAGGUUUCUUCUCGGUCUAGAUGCUAAUGUGAAUCGUAAGAGUGUGAAAGGAAAUACUGCCCUUCAUGACUGCGCAGAAUCAGGAAGCUUGGAAAUACUCAAACUGCUCAUAGAACAUGGAGCAAAAAUGGAUGUAGAUUCUUACGGAAUGACACCACUGUUAGCAGCUAGUGUUACAGGUCAUACACACAUUGUCGAAUAUCUUAUCAAGUUACCAGACUUGGUUUCUCGAACAGAGAGGGUGGAUGCAUUGGAACUACUUGGAGCCACUUAUGUUGAUAAAAAACGAGACAUGAUUGGUGCUCUUGAACUCUGGAAGAGAGCCAUGGAUGACAGGUAUCCCAUAGGCUCCACACAUCUACCCAAACCAAACCAGAGAAAUACUGUUGCAGCCUAUGAUCAUGCAAGAGAAAUUAGAGAUCUGGAAGGUUUAGAAGACUUACUAGCAGAUCCAGAUGAAAUGCGGAUGCAGGCACUUGUAAUUCGUGAGCGUAUCUUGGGUCCAGCUCACCCUGAUACUAGCUAUUAUAUUCGUUACCGAGGAGCAGUAUAUGCAGAUGCUGGAAAAUUCAACCGUUGUGUUGCUUUGUGGAAUUAUGCCCUGGACAUGCAACAAAGUAUGCUGGAACCUCUUAAUCCCAUGACACAGAGUUCCUUAUUUUCCUUCACUGAGCUUUUUUCAUUCAUGAUGGGUGAGCAGGGACGACCAUCAACCCGGGGACGACGUGUUCCGCCUGCCGCUUUCACAGACUUGAUGACUGUUUUCAAGAAAUCAGUACGUGAGGUAGAAGCAGGUGUAGAGAUGCUAGACAAGAUUCCAGGAGGAGAACGAGAUGCAACGUACCUUCACCGUGUACUAGUGAUUUCCCUACACCUAGCAUGUUUAUUAACCAGACUUCUACCAGAUGUGUCUUCUGAGCAACGCCACAAAGUGCACUGUUUCAUGUACAGACUUGUGAAACAAGAUGUUCACACACGUUUGGGGUGCACUGCUCUCCACUUAGCUUGCUCUAUUGAUGCUGCUUUGGUAGGUCGUUAUCCUGCCUGUCAGUUCCCAUCAUCCCAUCUGGUCGAUGUUUUGUUAACGGUUGGUGCUGAUGUAGAUUCUCGAGAUGAAACAGGAAAUAUGCCUCUUCAUUUGGCAGCAAUGAGCAAGCCAUGUCCACCUGCACUGGUACGCAAGCUAUUGGAUCAUGGUGCACAUUUGGAUGCAGUAAAUUCAGCUGGGCACACCUUUCCCCAGUUGCUCAAAGGACAAGCUAUACAUGAAAUAGUAAAUCCAUUGAAAUACACAACCCUAAGCUGUCUCGCAGCAAGAGUUAUUGUCAAACAUAAUAUACCAUACAAAGGAAUUAUACCAGUAACACUAGAGCCAUUUGUAGAGCAGCACUGAAUAAUAAUGUGUUUUCACCAGCCACAAGUCUGUAUGGUGCAUUGUUACAAAUACUGACCUAUUUAAAAGAUCAGGUCAUAUGUCACUAUCAGGAAGUCAUUGUGUCAAUAUACACCAUGUUCAGUUUCAAAUCUUCCCUUGACUUCUGGUCUGGUAAUAAACACAUGCCAUAUUACUAUAAUUGUGAUAACUUUUGUAAGGCUGUCAUGGAAAUAUGGAUGUGAUAUUUUUUGUGAGAUUGCCUGUAUAUAAAUUUCUCAAAUAUAAUUUAAAUCCUUGAUGUGUUGUCCCUGAGCUCUGUUUUAGGAGUGGGACAUUAUCAUCAUUCAAACCCAGCUGGCAUGAAUUGUCAUUGGAAAAGUGACAGUGAUGUUAAAUUUUUCAACAUGUUACGUUAAGUUUGUGAAAAUUGAACUCCAUAACCAAAAGUGCUUUUCCACUGUUUUUCAGGUUGGUCAGUCACUAGUCUGUCGUUUGCAGUGGUACUGUUUUGCUCUAAAACUUGCUGCUUUUCUUACAUAAUUAAAAUAAUUGUGUUGCAAUAUGUUUUUGUUUGUUUUUUUAAGUUUGUUAACCAAGUUUGUAAUUUUUGUGGUAUUUUAUAACCACUGUAUAAAGAUUUACAGAUUUACUUUCAAAUGAUAUGAAAUGCUAAAAUUAUUUUGGGGACUUCAAUUCUGAAUUUUAGAAUAUGGUUCUUCCUUGAAAACAGGAGUUAGGCAUUGUUAAAAGCAAGAUAUGCAGAGAAAUUAUUAUUAGUUGUUAUGGCAUUUCAGUUGCCCUAAUAAUGUUAACAGUGUCUUACCAUUAUACGAGCUAAUUAAAUUACAUAAAUAAUAAAAUAGUGGGAAUAAAA